GGGAGGUAAGCGACACAUGCAAAUGUCGACUGAAAGCAGACGAGUAUUUAUUGUAUAGAAAAGUCACACGUAGAGUGUUGUAUUUUGAUAAAAGUGAAUGUUUCUAAAUUCCAAGAUGGUGUUCCUAGUUAUGUUUUAUGAAAAGAGAUGAGAUAUGAAAAUAUUAGUUUGAAGUUAAUGAGUUAAAAACGCUGGAGUGUAUCUCUUUUGGAUGAUUUCUUACAUGUUUUCAAGUGAUUGGAGCCAAUAACUAAUUCGGCACCUGUGAAUAUUUGCAACAUGGUGUAUGUCAACAAGUUUUUUUCACUUGAAUACCGCCCAUAAUGAAAAGUUUUAAUCAUUAUUGCCACGGGUGCUAAAAACUGUUGCUAAUUUCUUAGAACAGCUGCUAACGAGUUCAUUGACGUCAGUUAACCGUGGAAUGGAACUUUCAAUAAGGUUGAAUACGUCUGAGUUCCACUAAAUAAAUACUGGUAGAUUACAGUAAAUUUGAGAUAAUGAAGAUGGAGAUCCGUGCUGAUGUAACCGUUUUUAUUAUUUUUAUCAUAUCCUCAGUGGUUGCAGAUCCGUUGGAAAACAGACCCAUCCCAGAUGAACAAAAGUUAGUUUCUACGCUUUCUAAAAAUUAUGACAUUUUGUCCAGACCGAUAUUUAAUGCUUCUAAAAGUGUUCUGGUCAAAUUUGGAAUGGCUUUGAUACAGCUUUUUGAUAUGGAUGAGGUAAAUCAAGUGUUAACUAUAAACGUCUGGUUAGAACAGGAAUGGGAAGACGAAAGACUCCUUUGGGAACCUAGUGAUUAUAAUGGUCUGGAAGUGCUCCGUAUACCUUGUGAAAAAAUAUGGCUUCCAGAUAUCGUACUAUAUAACAGCGCCGAUGAUUUUACGACGGGGUAUAUGAAAAGUAAAGCUAUGGUUACGAGUAAAGGCAACGUAUUUUGGGCCCCUCCCGCAAAAUUUAGAAGUUCGUGCAAGAUAGACAUUACUUAUUUUCCUUUUGAUGACCAGAGGUGUGAGUUAAAAUUUGGUUCGUGGACGUAUGAUGGGUUUCAGGUGGACAUUGUGAAUCGUUCGGGUCGGGUGGAUUUAGAGAACUAUAUUUAUAGCGGUGAAUGGGAUUUGAUAGAUGUUAAAGUAGUUCGACAUGAAGUUUAUUAUGCAUGUUGCAAGGAACCUUAUCCCGAUGUUCGAUUCACUAUAAUAAUUCGCAGAAGAACGUUAUAUUAUUUAUUUAAUAUUAUAUUCCCAUGUCUGUGGUUGACAAUUCUCAGUUUAUUGGGAUUUUGGUUACCCCCUGAUUCAGGUGAAAAAAUAACAUUAGGAAUUACUGUGUUGUUAGCCUUCUCGGUGUUUAUGUUAUUAAUUGCUGAAAGUAUGCCUGCUACGUCAGAGUUUGUUCCUUUAAUAGGUAUUUAUUUAACAGUCACCAUGGCAAUGACGUCAAUGUCUAUUAUACUGACAGUUUUUGUUUUGCAACUUCAUCACGUUGGACCGCAUCAAAAGCCAGUUCCACGGUGGAUGAAAUCGCUAGUGAUUAAUAUUUUAGCCCGGGCAGUGUGUAUGUGUUCUACGGCACAAUCUGCAAAGAACCCAAGUGAUGACGUAUGUCUGUCAACUUUUAUGGAAAAUAUUGAAAGUGGGAACUGUAAUGGUGGACGUCCUCCAAAUGGAUUAAUAGUGCCACGUGACCGGAAGUCUGAACAAAGCGAAAGAGUGACCAGUCAUUUAAAAGUCCUGGUUGCUCGACAAGAUUCUGAAGACGCGCAUUUAGACAUUGUAAAAGAAUGGCGGCUUGUGGCGCACGUGAUGGAUCGUCUGCUGUUCUGGAUAUUUUUAAUUGUGGCUGUCGUGUCUUCCAUAGUUAUUCUCGUUGUUAAACCUUUAAUGAAACCAGAUUUGUAAUAAAUUGUAAAACUGUAAAUAUUUAGUAUAAAUGGUAAUGUGGAGAAAUAGAGAGGGUGUGACCGAUAGACGGAUUUUUUAAAAAGUAAAAAUCUUAAGACUGUGUGAAUUUGUAAUCAGCUUAUCGUAUACAUCCAAUGUGAUUUAUCGUUUUUAUACCGUAUGAUUUGUAAAUAUAUGCGAUGCAAUAGGCCUGUAUAUUUUGCCCUUUAUUUAGACUGGCGAACUUUAUUAUUCACACUUUAACUUCUUUCAACGCAUUCUAACUAUUUAAUGAGAUGUAUGGUCCCCUGCAUCAAAUUAACAGAAAUAAUUUUCCUUUUCGUUGUUCGCUUUAAUUUUUGUAUAAAUUGAAACCACGGAGACGGUCACAGUGAAAUGUGUACUGUGUAUGAUGAAACUGAUAUGUCUCUGGAAAAUAAUUUUCGUUAAUAACUUGAUUUUGACCAUGAUAAUUUCACUUAACGACUAUUAAAUGGGAGAUUGGAGAUCUGAGAGGUUGGUGUAUAACCCGCACGCACGACUGCUUUUCGUGAACAUCAAAUUCUUUACUUUUAUGAUAAUGUAACUGUAACAAUAAUCUAUCUUUUGAAAGAUUGUGUGAUUUAUGUGUUUAUGAACUGUGCCCUUCAAACGAUACAGCUAUGACACUGAUAGGUUAAGCUCUGUUUAUUAAGCCUUGUUCUCUAAUUUUAAAAGGCAUGUAGGUCGCUGAUAUGAGUUGAUCUGAAAUGGCGCCACAGUCACAUUUAGUACUUGCAAACGUAGUCUUCAAAACAAUGUAAUUCGAAUGCAUCAUACGUUUUUCAAUUUCGGAUAACUGCAUCAGUACUUAUCUGGUUGUAGAAAUUAGAGGUCAAUUCUUAUUGAACUGGGUUAUAUUAUAUAAAUAUGUACAUAUAAUUUACAUUAGGUUUAAUUCAUAUAACUAUUUUGUGUUCCUGCUAAGUUUUGUUUUAAAGAUAAUUGUAAAAGUUAUACCGUCCUUGAUUGUGAAAAUACGUGUAGUAUCUUUACCUUUGGGAUAUGUAAACGUUAAUCUUCAAUCGUCUUCCAGCUAUAUCCAGUUAUAUGCCCGUUAUCUUUUUUUUUUAUAUAGCUUGUUUUACAAAGUGCAUGUUGCUACAGAAACACACGAAUAUGAUGUGAUGAGGGGGUGGGAGUAGGUAGAGUUUUACGGGAUAAAAGGGAUCGAUGAUUAUAACUGGCAUUUAUCAUGAGCUGAAAACUGUAUUCCAAGAACGCUAAUCAAGGAAAUGUCGUUAGUCCCGAAAUGAUCGUAUUGGUGUCGAGUGGAUGUUCAACCCUAUUUGUCUCCUUUUCGUAUAUCAUCACGACAUAUCUGUAAAUUAACACGGUUUCUGUAUGUACUCACGUGCGUAUUGUAGUAGCAGUGAGUGACGUGUGCAAAACAGUGUAUUAUUAUUAUAUGUACGAUUAUAUUAUUGUUUCUUUUUGUAUCAAUGGACUUUGUGUUUGAUUGCCGUUUAGAAGUGAGAAUACUACAAUUUAUUUAUUCGACAUUUUAUUGGUGACCUGACAAAGGGGUUAUAGACAAUAAUGAUAACGAUCUACGAUCUCGUGCAUCUUUCACAUUAAUUUAUAAUAAUAUUAGUGAAAAAAGGAGGAAGACAUUUUGUUUAUUGGUUUUCAUUGCUUUGUUUAACCUGAAAAGAUAAAAAAAAUAAAAGUAAAAUACUUCAUAUUUGUAAAAUCAGAAGAAGCUAUAUAAAAGAUCAGAUAACCAUUGGUGUUUGUUGAAAAACACACUUUUAUCUAAGCAAUUCAAAUACCAAAAAAAUGACUUUCACCAUAACGGUUUUAUGCUCCACACACGGGGGCGCACUAAAAACGGUCUCUUUUCUUAUUAGAUCACUAUUAAUCAAUUGCAGACAAUUUUAAGGAUGGGUUUAUUAGUAGUCAUAGCAUGUUUAUGUUUAUCACUUUUUAUAGUGUAAUAAUGUAAGAAUUUGUACAAUAAUUGUAAAUAUAAAUUGUCAUUUUAUCAUCAUUCACUUGGUUACACAAAAUUAUGCUAAAUCAGAGUAUUAAAUAAAAU